UACUUGAGAACGUUAUUCUUCAAAUUUGCCAUGUUCUGUGUGAGAUCUAUUUUUACACACUUGCGAUUUCGGCAAAUGCAAAAUAGAAUUGUUGUUCCCCUUCAACGAGUCGUAAAUAUUAAGCAAUUCGAUACUCACAGAAAUUUUAGUUUAGCAGCAGAAGAAGACGAAUCAGACCGUAUCAUUAAUGAGCUAUGUAAAGGGGAUCGCGAACGAGAGAAAAAACUUAGAAUACUCAUGCUAGAAGUAGAAGUAAUGCGACAAGACGGGCGAUGCGCCCCCGAUACGUUACUGAGCAAACAUUGGUCGCAUUUAAUGCAGCUAGAGUCCAGAAACCAACGAAGUAAAUACUUACUAUACCUUUUUAAAACUGAGAAAGCUAAAGAAAAUGAUAAAGCAAGAAAAGAAGCUAGAAAAAAAGAAUUGGAAGAGUUUGAUCCAGAACAAAGUAAGGAAUUUCCUGAUGACAUAUUAUAUGGAAUACAGAAUCAAUCAUUGUUCUUGCGUAUUAGAGAUCAGUCUAUAAACAACUUUGAUAACUACAGGGCAUUGCAAGCUCUUAUGUAUAGUCAGCCACUAAUUUUAGAUUGUUCUUAUGAAGAACACAUGGUUCACAAGGAAAUAUUGAAUGCUGCAAAACAAUUGACUUAUGUAUUUGGAGAUAACAGAAUACACAAAGAUCCUUUUGGGCUUCAUUUGUGCAAUGUUAACUUAGAAGGCCCUUUGAUGAAGCAAUUCAGAAUUAAUGUGCCAUCAGUGGAUGAACCAUGGUUUCCCAUGGAGAUUCACUCAAAAAGUUACAAUGAUAUUUUUCCCAAGGAUAAAUUAGUAUAUUUGACUCCACACUGUCGUGAGGAGUUGACUACAUUUGAUGCUGAUGCUAUUUAUAUUGUAGGAUGUAUGGUUGACAAGGUAAACAAUGAACCACUUUCCUUAGCUAAAGCAAAAAGAGAUGGAAUAAAGAUGGCAAAGUUACCACUUGACAGGUAUUUAGAAUGGGCACCUGGUUCUAAAAAGAAUUUGAACAUAAAUCACAUGGUACCAAUAUUACUUGACCUAAAACUUACUAGAGACUGGGAGUUUGCACUAAGGCAUAUUCCAAGAAGAAAACUUAUGGAAACAAAAAUAAAGGCUAUUCAAAAAAAAUUAAAAAAUCCCAAGUUAAGAGAAGAGGUUUAUAAAUCCAUUUCAAAUAUGGGUUUCAAGGACAAAAAAAUAAAAGCAAGAAAAACAUUGUACUAUGAUGAUGAAAAAUUAUAAAUUUGUAAAGUUAAUUGAUU